CUUCCAUGGUCAGAUGCGCACUCUUGAUACUUUCUCUCAUCAUUCUUGCAUCUCCAUCUAUCCCCCUCCAAACCCUUAAAUUCCUCAUAAAAAACAAGAAAAUUUAGGCAACCCCAUGUGAAAUUUGCAUCGCUGGCUGCUGCCUAAAAGCCUCAGGAUCACAAAAGUUUUCUUGAGAAAAAAAAUAAAUUUUUUUUUGGUAGAAUUUUUCAUCAGGGCUUUCAGUCAUGUAGUGUCUGUCGGUCUUCGGUGCUUGGUUCUGCUGAAAGUUUGAAACUUUAAGGAGUAUAAUCUUGUCAAGUUAAGGUGGGAAUCAGGAUUGCUUGGUAAAGUCUUUAUUGGUUCCUUGAUCCCGUGUGUGCUAAAAUGGAUGACACUGAGGAUGAUGCUAGAUACCCACCAAAUACUUAUGGUAUGAGUCAGGGUUAUGGCUCGUCUAAUCGCCAAAAGCUUCCUGUUCGAAAUGCUGGUCAGAAUGUGAUUAAUCGAUAUGUUGAGGAUGACGAUGUUGAUGAUGAAGAGGAAGAGGUUGAGGAUGAAGAAGAAGAUGAUGACAAUGAAGAAAAUGGGGUUCAACGAGUAGAGAGAGAUGAAUUUGAUGAUGACAAUGAGGAUGAUGACGAUGAUGAUUAUGGUGAUAUGCAGAGGCACCCCAAGAAGAGGAAGCUUAAGAGCUUGUUGUCGAGUUAUGAGUUUGCACCUCGAGUCCCAGCAACAUCAGCAGCACCUGUUCCUGUGCCGAAGCCAUCAUUUGGAGGCCGAAACGCAGUUGCUGAUUGGAGUGAGCAUGAAACAUUCAUUUUACUGGAUGCUUGGGGUGACAAGUUUCUCCAGCAUGGGAGGAAGAGUCUUCGGUCUGAGGAGUGGCAAGAAGUUGCAGAGAAGGUUUCCCAGCAGUCGAAAAUUGAUAGGACAGACACUCAAUGCCGAAACCGUUUGGAUACACUGAAGAAGAAGUACAAAAAGGAGAAGGCAAAAUUGGCAGAGACUGUGAAUUUUGUGAGUAAAUGGGUCUAUUUUCAGAAAAUGGAUAUGUUGCUGUCAUCGCCUCCUCAGCAAGCUGGCCUUUCAUGUGGAGUGGACUCGGGGGAGUAUGUUUUCAUGAACCCUGGGGAGUAUCUCAACCGUUCAAAUGGACUGGACGAGAUGAGGGAUAGCCCAGGAAUUUCUGAGUCAGCUGAGGCUGAGGAGGAUGAUUCUGAGGGCCUGCCACCCAAGAGAACGAAGACUGUGAGGGACAGAGGGAAUGGAGCUUCCUUUAAGUUACUUGCAGAUUCCAUUGAGAAAUUUAGUGAGAUAUAUGAAAAGAUUGAAAACAGUAAGAGGCAGCAGAUACUGGAACUCGAGAAGAUGAGAAUGGACUUCCAUAGAGAAUUGGAAUUACAAAAGAGGCAGAUCCUGGAGAGAGCUCAGGCAGAGAUUGCUAAAAUUCGACAAGGUGAUGAUGAAGACAAUGAUGUGUCUGCUGAGAAUAUCAGUAGGUGAACUAUGUAGCUGAGAUGUUCUUGAGAUACAUCGCUUCAUGAUUGCCUGAUUGCCUGGCUUUGUUGUACAAUUUCAACGGCACCAUGCCCGCUUGUUCAUUUCUUUGCUAGGCAAUAAAUUGGUUGGUCGAUUACUGUAUUUUAGAUGUUAAAGAGGUUGGUAGAAAUAAAAUUCAAAGAUCAUCUUCAAUUCUAUGUUCA